AUGAGUGGAGGAGAAUCGGAAGAGUUCAAAAUCGUUCUCAACAAAAUUAAAAGCAGUACCUACUACAGAAACGCUGCACAAGGAGAUGAGAAUUUAAUGUACAAAUUAGCCGUUGUUUUAUCGGAUAAGCAACAAUUAAAGAGCUUUUAUCUGACGACCGAUUGGGCUCAAUCAGUCAUCAAUGCCAUAUCCACCUAUUCCGAGAGCAUGAGUGGUUCGGGUAGAGGUCUCAUGGGUUUCAAAUCAACAGCAUCGGGAGGAGAGGGUAAAAGCAAACAGGGAAAUUUUGUCGGUAAUAUUAUGAAAGGAAUUUCUUCAACAAAUUCCAAUGCAAGUGAUAUUGCAAUUCAUCAAAGUCUCGAAAAAGAUGUUACCAUUGAUGAUGAUUCUGAUGAGGAAGAUUUGGAUUUGGGAGAAAUUAUGAAUUCACCAGAACAUUUAGAAGUUCAAAAAUCAUUAUUGAAUCAGGAUAGGUUGAGAGUGAAAAUAAUAGUGUCAGAAAUUUGUGACUCGAGAGGAAAGAAGGCUUUUCGACAAUUAUUUAGUCCUUUAUUGUCUAAUACCAAAUUUCUUCCUGAAAUGGGAAUGUUUCACUCGGCGGUCAUUGUUGGACCUUGGAAAUUUGAAUGGAUAGAUGCCAGUCUAUGUGUUCCCAAAAAAUUAGUAGCCUCUGCAGCACUAGUUGCAUGUGACUUGACCACUGAAUUAUCUGUUUCAAAUUGUAAUAUUAACGAGAUGGUUGACAAAAUUGCAGAUGUGAUUAUAAAAUGGAAUACCAAAAUGACAUAUAAAAACAGAGGAGGAGAAAAAGGUAAAGAAGGAAAUUGUCAAGAUUUUGUCGAUGAAAUUCUUGAGGCAGUAGGAGUGGAUAAAAAGGCCAUUUAUCAAGGAGCCAUGGGUGCCUACUUUGAAAGAUUGAAAAAGAAAGGAAAAGGUGGAAUGAAAUUUUUCAUGGAUGAUAACUUUCGUAAAAAGUUCAACAUUCCUGCCCAACAAAAGAAUGUCAAAUUUAAAACUCACACUCAACUCGAUCAAUUUGUUCAACAAUUACUUGACAUUGACCCUGUAUUUGAAUUGAAUCAUCCAUAUGAUUUCCAAUUAUUGAAAUCUUUUGAUCGAGCUUUAUGGCUGAGACAUUUAGCCAAACCUAAAAUUCCUGAAUGGGAACCCUUACGAGAAGAAGUUCAAGGUUUUGAUGGAGUUGAAAUGCAUUUGAAAUGUCCAUUUGGAGAUCCCAAUGAAAGUUUUUCAUUCAGAGAAUAA